AUGCUGCCCUCCCCACCACUUUCUGUCGCCCGCCGCGCCGCCACGGCCGCCGCCCACCACCUCCUCCCUUCCAUCAGCUCGCUCAUCCUCGACCCGCCCGCCCCCACCCCCGCCGUCUCCCGCCGUCGCGUCCGCCUCAUGCCGCUCAGGAACAGCGCUCCGCUCGUCUCCCUGCCGCCGCACGGGAGGAGCUUCGCGGUGGCCGCGGGGAAUGGAGGCGCAGAAGGCGAGGCUCCGGCGCUGGUGGUGGUCUCCUUCUACCGGUUCGCCGACUUCCCCGACCACGCCGACCUGCGGCGGCCGCUCAAGGAGCUCUGCGAGGAGCUGCGUGUUUCAGGUGGCAUUAUUCUUGCACCAGAAGGAAUCAAUGGUAGUUUAUGUGGAACACCAGAAGCUGUGGAGAAAGUUUUGAACUUUAUUCAAACAGACAAUCGCUUAAAAGGAUUGAGGGUGAUCCAGACACCUGUUACUCCAGAGGAUGAGGCUAUCCAUCAUGGACAUACCAGCCAUUCUCCUGUUGGUCCUGGAGAAGAUGCCCCAUUCCGAUGGGAUCAUGUCCGUGUGAAAUUGAAAAAGGAGAUAGUGAGUUUUGGAGACCCUGGUGUGAUGCCAACUAAAAGGGUUGGCAAGUAUAUAAAGCCAAAAGAUUGGAAUUCGUUGAUAAGCGAUCCAGACACCGUUGUCAUUGAUGUGCGCAACAUGUAUGAGAUACGCAUAGGAAAAUUCAAGAGGGCUGUUGAUCCAUGCACGGAAUCAUUUAGAGAAUUCCCAUCUUGGGUGGAUAAUCAAUUCCAGUUGGCUGAAUCUGACAGUCACCAGUCAUCAGUAAAUGGUAACACUCUAACUGAAGGAGCGGAAGAGGAUCUGAAUUCUAGUGGACCCAAAGAGCUACCACGAGUUGCUAUGUAUUGCACUGGUGGUAUUAGAUGUGAGAAGGCAUCGAGCUUUCUCCUCGACAAGGGAUUUAAAGAGGUUUACCAUCUGGAGGGUGGGAUAUUAAAGUACCUAGAGGAAAUCCCGGAAGCUGAAAGCUUGUGGGAAGGUGAAUGCUUCGUGUUUGACAAGCGUGUUUCAGUGGAGCAUGGGUUAGCUCAAGGAACCCACAAGCUUUGCUAUGGAUGUAAGCAACCAGUUAGUGACGAAGACAUGGAAUCUCCUAAAUGGGAGUAUGGUGUAUCAUGCCCAUACUGCUUUUCCACGAGAUCUGAGGAAGAAAAGGAAAGGGCAAGGGCUCGGCACCGGCAGUUUAAGACAUGGGGAGUUAUUGGUGGUCCUGAUAAAGGCAGGAGUCCAAAAAGGCUCGAAGCUAGCGAUGGAGUUAAGGAGGACAAACAGCCACGCAACUUAAUAUAA